GACCUGAUAGGUGAAAGAUCGAAAAAGGUAAACAAAACCACGAACAGCUGAGUGAGGUUACAAGGCUCAAGACUGGUGACAUUUUACAGAAGAAGUUGAAUGCAGAUUUCAUGGAACAGACAAACAAUAGUAUAGAUCUAGUGAAUAAGAAGUAUGCUUUGGACUGUAAUUGCUGGUGGUAGUGGCAUCCUUCUUCUGUGGCAGUUUAUCAAGCCACAACCCAAACCAAUAGAUGGAGUUUACAGACAACCAGGAAAAUGGUAUCAUGUGAAAAAGUUUAUAUUUAAGCUGCUUUUGAAAAGAAAUCAACGGAAGAACAAGAAAAAGAAAGCAGUUGAUGGGGAGAGUUACAGUAGUCGUGGUUACGGAAUGGGAAUAAAUGAUAUUCAAGUGUUAGAAAAAGUUCAAGAUUUAGAAAAAGACCCAUAUGCAAUAGAUGCUGUUUACUAUGGUGGUUUCAGUAAAGAAGGAACAAGAUUAGCAUUACGUAUGGGUAGGAGACACAAUCGUCAGUCAGAGGUUUGGUUAGUGAUGGAGAUUCCUGGGAUAGGUCGUCUACAGCAUCCAUUACACCCUGACACACUGGUCAGUAAUGUCAGUAACAAUGAAUAUACAGCUGGGGGAAUCAACAUAGAAAUGAUUGAACCAAUGAAGAAAUGGAAAAUAUCUUAUAAUGGUCAACUAAGGUUUGAUGGGACAGAAAGAUUAGUUCAUGUACAGAUGUCAUUAAUAUGGCAAACAGUGACUGAUCCUUUCAGUUUUGAUACAGAUAUGAACCAGUCAGCUUUAGCUGAUGCUGUCUCUAGGGAACUAUGGACCAAACAGUUCUGGGAUGCAUUAAGAAGUAAACAUCAGACACAUUAUGAACUGUGGGGAGAGCUGCAUGGUAGAGUGAAGGUUGAUGGAUUUGAUGAGAAAUUUGUCACAUUAAAAACAAUCAGGGAUCAUUCAUUUGGCAUAAGAGAUUGGAGAACGUUUUACAGAUACUCCAUCCAUUUCAUAUAUCUUGAGAAUGGGACAAUGAUACAGGUUGGAGUUGUCAGUCAACCAGCAGCUUUGUCACAUGUAAAGAUAGGGUAUUUAGUCCAUUCAAAUGGUGCAUUUCAUUCCGUGUCUGACAUUGACCUUAAGCUAUGGGAAGUAGCUCCUCCUGAGGGACCAAAGAAUAAUUAUACCUUCAACUUUUAUGCAAAUGGACAGAAAUACAGCACAGAAGUAUUUGGAGAAUGGACACCUAUAUGGUAUCACCAUGAGGACAGAGGAAGUCAAGUCUAUGAGAAGUUUUGUAGAUAUAAAAUUAAUGGCAUAAAUGGAUAUGGUUUAGCUGAAUUUCAUUAUAGAAAUCCUGAUGGAACUCCAUACUCACCAAUAGAAUCUGUGCCAAUGCUAGAUGAGCCUUCUGAAGAAGAAAUCAGAAAUAAUGUAACAGACUUGAUCUUGACCUUUCAGGAGAAAGGCUGUUGUAGUAGUAAACUAGUUGGUGGAAAAGGAGCACAACUUGGUCUUCUUACUUCUAUACAGAACAAGGUGGAUGUAGUAGUACCAAAAGGAUUUUGUGUUACACUGGCAGCAUUUAACAAACAACUUCAGAUUAACCCAGAUAUGAGCCAAUCAGUGGACAGAAUCAUUGCAAUUUUAAGGGAUGGUUGCCAUGACAACUUAAAGAGUGCAUGUUCAGAUACAGUAGAAAUGAUAGCAACAAAAGCAAUAUGUUCUGAUGUUGCUACAGCAAUCAUACAAAUGUUGAAAACAGUGUUUGUGGAUACAGAUAAAACCUAUUAUGCCAUCAGAUCAUCUGCUUCAGGAGAGGAUGGGACAGAGGCCUCAUCUGCAGGUCAAAUGGAAACUUAUCUAGGGGUCAGAGGAGAGAAAGAGGUUAUUGAUGCAGUGAGGAAAUGCUGGGCUUCAGGGUUCACUUAUCAAGCAGUGCAGUAUAGAAGAAUGAAUGGACAACACAUCAAAGUGUGUGUAGGUGUAGUUAUACAAGAAAUGGUCAAAUCAGAAGUGUCUGGGGUUUUGUUCACCAACCAUCCAGUUACAGGCUCAGCCAAUCAGAUUACUUUAAAUGCAUCAUAUGGAUUAGGAGAGUCUGUUGUAUCAGGAAAGACAACUCCUGACAGUAUUUUUGUAAAUAGAUCCUGGGACAAUCAGUUGAGCAUUGAUGAGAAAACAUUGGGUGAAAAGCAAGUAGCUAUGUCAAUCAAAGAUGGUGGAGGAGUGAUAGAAGAAAAGAUAGAUAAAAAGAAUACAUGUUGUAUGACAGAUGAACAAAUACUACAACUGUGCUAUAAAGCUAUACAGAUUGAGAAUUAUUUUGGUAGUCCUAGAGAUAUAGAAUGGGCAAUGUUUGGUGGAAAGUUCUACUUACUGCAGGCUAGACCUAUUACUGCUAUGGACCAUGAGACACAUGAAGAUAUGUUACAUGAGCUUGAUGAUCCUUUGGUUACUGGGAGGGAAUUUCUCACAACUGGAAAUAUCGGAGAGAUGAUGCCAGGGGCAGUAACUCCACUCACCAACUCAAUAUUUAAACCAGCUAUUAACAUUGCAUUAUGGAGGUAUGCUGAGAUCAUGGCUGAGGGUCCGCAUCUUAAUCAUCCAGACAACAUUGUACUAUCAUGUUGUGGAACCAUGUUUAUCAAUAUGACUAUGAUAGAAACAAUGGCCAUUAACAACUUCAUUGGUAAGAAGGAUGCAGCUGAGUUAAAUCUGAUUGGUGAGUCAUUGGAUAGCCUGUCAUAUCAGGAGGUGGUAGACUAUUGUGGUGGUGUCCCCUCAUUGUGGAGGAGACUGAAAACAUUUAUAUCUUCUUUCUCAAAAUAUAAUGAGAGAACAGCUGUAUGUGAAUCCUGGUAUGAGAAGGUUAAGACUUAUAAGAUAGGUGAAGGUCAGACUACAUGUGCUGGAUUCUAUACAGACUUGGACAGUAGGCUCAAAGAUUAUAAUGAGAUAUGGGAGACGUCUAUGGUUAAAAGUGGUCAGUCAGGGACCUGGGCUGCUGUUGUAGUAGGAAUAUUAUUACAAGGCAAAACAGAAUACACAACAGAAGUGUGUGCUGAUGUGGCGUUAUUAUUGUCUAAAUGUGAUGAAGUAUACAGUGCAGAAGUUCCUAUUGCUAUACAGAAUUUAGCCAAAGAAAUAGAUAAAGCUGGAUGCAGUGAAAAGUUCCUGUCAAUUAACUCACAGGAAUGUGUUGACUUAAUAAAAAGUGGUGUUUACUCGGGUGUAAAAUCAUCAUUUGAUACGUUUAUGGAACAUCAUGGCCACCGAUAUGUAAAAGAGGCAAAGUUUUAUGAAAGGUCCUGGCGAUCACAACCAGAAAAACUUGUGAAGUCACUAAAGGUUGUAUUGAAGAACAAACUUUUCAGCCAGAAACCUAGAAAGACAUUAAGCUGUGAUGAAGCUAUAUCACAAAUCAAAACCCCAUUACCUUGGUUGGCUAAAAAAAUACUCAGAUCAUUUGUUUUACCAAAAGCAAGGAAAGCAGUUGGUCAAAGAGAAUGGGGCAAGUCCUUAAGUAUCAAAGUCGCAGAUAAGUUUAAAGAAGCGUAUUGGACAUUAGCUGAGAUGAUGGUCAAAGAAGGAAGACUUCCUGAGAAGGAGUUAUUGUUCUUUUUGACUCAUACAGAAAUAGGGAAACUAAUAGAAACCAGAUCUCCUAAACUCAUUUAUAAAUCUAUAAGGAGAAAAAAGUUGUUUCCCACACAGAUGGAGCUCAAAUUUCUCAAAAUGAAUGAAGGCAAACCUGUUCCUAUGACCAAAGAAGAUCUAUCUGCUCAAAGAACAGCAACAUUUUCUCUUAAAGGCAUGCCUGUUUGUCAUGGUGUAAUCACUGGUGUGUGUAGAGUUGUGAAAAGUCUUCCUGAAGCUGAUGACAUCCAGGCAGGAGAUAUACUGAUAGUGUUAUAUACAGAUAUUGGCUGGUCCCCAUAUUUUCCAUUGAUCUCAGGACUGGUAACAGAAAUUGGUGGACUUGUGUCACAUGGAGCAGUUGUCGCCAGGGAAUUUGGUUUACCAUGCAUAGUGAAUGUACCUAAUGCAACUAAUAUGUUUCAGACAGGAGAUCAUGUUCAUUUGGAUGGACAAGCUGGAACAAUUGAAAGACUUGACAACUGAACACAUAUUUGAUUUUAUAGGUGCUAAAACAGACUGCACACAAUUAAACUACUGCAAUUACAUAUUUUGGAAUGAUUUAUAUACUGAGAUAUUGCAAUUGACAAAUAAGUAUGUCUGUGCAUUGCACAUGUUUGCAUUAACUUUGUACAAUUAUUAUUUGAAAGUUAUGUUUCACAAAUAUUUCAGGAAGCAUCUGCAAUUUUUUUUAAAUCAUUAUAAUUUUUUUAUAAGAAAUCCAACUGUUUUGUUAUUAUCUGAUAUUUUGUUAUAUCAUUGUUAGAUAUAAGUUUAUUACAGAAGAUAUAAAUGGAAAUUUUAAUAGCAAGACUAAUUUUUGAAUUUUGUAAAAUCAAUCAUUAAAGUUUCAUAUGAUUAAUUUGUAAACGGUACUCAAAAAGGAGGUAUUAUUAUUUUGUUGUAUAUGUUAGAAUAUUUGAUACUUUGUUACAUUUACGUUUUGUACAAAACCAUUUAUUAAAUAAGAAGUAAGCAGUAAAUGUCAGUACGUGAACGACAUAAACAGAUAACGUUUUUCAGGAAAAUGUUAAAACUGUGAGAAUAGAUUCUUUUUAAUGAUUUACAAGUUCAGGUUGAAUAUGAUUUAGUGGCAUUGAUGCCACCUACGUUCCUGUUUAGCCUUUGCAAGAGUAUAUGAACAAAUAGAAAUACAAAACUUACUCUCUUAUUGGAGACCUGUUGUUCAAUGUUUAAUGUAAAAUUUACUUUGUUAUCCAGCAGCAUUUGCUUUUCAUUUGUUAAUUAUUUUAAGGAACCAAUACAGCAUUAAUGUAAACAAAGCAUUAGUAUUGUGUGUCGUUUAUUGUUACAAUUUGAUUCUAGAUGUAUAUGUUUAACUUAUCAGUAUAAAAUUUAGGUUGUACUUCUAAAUGUUUUUAUUUAUAUACACGAUUACUAACUUGUGAUAUUUACUGAUGUAUUUUUACUGAUUUAUUCGAUAAAACCAGUUUUAUUAAAAAGCUAAUGAAUCUUUUAUUUUGUCAUUCAAGUACUUGUGAGAAGGGAUUCUUUUUAAUGAUUUACAAGUUCAGGUAAGAACAAAAAUAAACAGAAUUUAAGAAUAUAUAUAUAAAACUAUAUCAAGUUAAUAUUGAGUGGUUUUUUUUAAAGAAAAUAUAGAGACAAACAGGCAAAAUCAUUGCUUUUAAAGACAAUUCCUGAUUUUGAAUUUUUAACCAUUCAUAAAGAUCCUAGUAUGUUUGAUUGAAUGUCAUAGUGGGCAGCAAUGAAAUCAGGUUUCAUCUUUUUGUAAGAAGUUACUGGACAAGUAAGAUAUUUGCACAACUCAUAUAUUUAGAUAAAGGCAACAGCAGUAUAGAGGUGUUCAAAAGUCAUAAUCUAUUUGGUGUUAACAAAUCCAGGUUACAAACAACAAAUCAAGGUUACAAACUAAAACCAAGGAAAAGAAAUCAACUAUUAAUGGAAACCAAAGCCUUGGGAAUAACAGGAGCAUUGCAACAAAAACAACCCCAACAUAUAUUAUUUUCUUAAAUAAUUGUUGGUUUAAAAAGUUUUUUAAAUAUCACAUUUUGUUUUGAUUGGUUAUUACACAAGAAAAUAGGAAAUACCUUACCUGAUUUUUUUGUUAUUUUUUUUAUAUAUAUGGCUGUCACUUGACUCCACAUCUUUUGAAACUCUAGAAAAUGAUUGCUAAGACAUAUUUUAAUUGAAUGUGAUUUAGUAGCAUUGAUGCCAUCUAUGUUCCUGUUUAGCCUUUGUGAAAGAGUAUAUGAAGAAAUAGGGAAAAACAUAACUUUCUUUCUUAUUUGAGUCACAUGUUGUUCAAUGUUUAAUGUAAAAUUUACUUUGUUAUCCAGCAGCAUUUGCUUUUCAUUUGUUAAUUAUUUUAAAGAACCAAUACAGCAUUAAUGUAAACAAAGCAUAUAAGUAUAGUGUGUCAUAUAUUGUUACAAUUAGAUUCUAGAUGUAUAUAUUUAACUUAUCAAUAUAAAAUGUAGGU